ACAUCUAGUGGAGUAUAAACAUAAAGCCUCUUUAUGCAAAGAUAUGCCAUCUCUCUCUCUCUCUCUCUCACAUCAGUACUCUGUUCUACUGCACAAACCCUCCUUUUUCAUCAUCAAGGCUGCUUGUUUUUGCUGCACCCAAUGAUCCCCUCAAUCAUCACAUUUAUAUACUUCUUCUCUUCCUCUCCUCCUUCCCUGCCACAAUUACUAUCAGUUUUUUAACUACCCGUUAUUUCCUUCUCUCUCUUUUUCCUCUGUCCAUCUUUGAUCUCUUCAAAUAUGGCUUCUCCUAAUCAUCUCACCUACUGCCUUUCUCUGUCCCUUAUAAUAUACUUGGUUUUUCAUUCUUCCCAAGCCAUGAUCAGCACCACCAACACUAACCAGUCUCAGUUUUUUGUGCUCAUGAUAAAGUCUCUUUCAGAUAAUUCAGGCAAUUCCUUGUCCGAUUGGGAUAUCACAGGAGGAAAACCUUACUGUAACUUCUCUGGUGUCACCUGCAACAAUGAAGGGUAUGUUGUCAAGAUGGAUAUCUCCGGUAGGUCACUCUCCGGCCACUUUCCUGCAGACAUCUGCUCUUACCUGCCGGAGUUGCGCGUUAUUCGUCUUGGUCGUAACAAUCUCCAGGGUGACUUUCUGAAUAGCAUCACCAACUGCUCCGUCCUCGAAGAGCUUAGCAUGGAUCACUUGUUCCUCAGCCAAACGCUUCCAGAUUUUUCACGCUUGAAAUUUCUAAGGAUACUUGACCUGUCUUACAACUUGUUCAAAGGCAAAUUCCCCAUGUCAGUUUUCAAUCUUACCAACCUUGAGGUGCUCAACUUCAAUGAGAAUGGAGCUUUCAACUUAUGGCAACUACCAGAGGAUAUUCAAAGGCUGACAAAGCUAAAAUCUAUGGUCUUGACAACAUGCAUGGUGCAAGGAAAGAUCCCAGCAUCAAUAGGAAACAUGACUUCUCUUGUUGAUCUUGAAUUGAGUGGAAAUUUCCUGGGGGGUCAAAUUCCAGCAGAGAUUGGUUUGCUCAAGAAUUUGAAACAAUUAGAGCUUUACUACAACCAAUUUGGUGGAACUAUUCCUGAGGAGCUUGGAAAUCUCACAGAGCUCAUAGACAUGGACAUGUCCGUCAAUAUGUUGACUGGAAAGAUCCCAGAAUCUAUUUGUCGCCUUCCCAAGCUCGAAGUUCUGCAACUCUACAACAACACCCUUUCAGGUGAAAUCCCAAGUGCGAUUGCAGACUCGAAAACACUGAGCAUGUUAUCACUUUACGACAAUUCUUUGACCGGUGAAGUUCCAAGAAAUCUGGGGAAGUUAUCGCCUAUGAUUGUCCUAGACUUGUCAGAGAACCGUCUUUCUGGUCCAUUGCCAACAGAGGUUUGCAAGGGAGGUAAGUUGCUCUACUUUCUAAUGCUGGAGAAUAAGUUUACUGGAGAGAUACCAGAGAGUUAUUCAGAAUGCCAGUCUCUUCUUCGAUUUCGACUUAGCUAUAAUAGUUUGGAGGGUCCAAUACCUGCAGGACUUCUUAGUCUUCCCCAUGUUUCAAUCUUUGAUUUGGGUUACAACAAUUUGAGUGGUCAGAUUGCUGAUACAAUUGGAAGGGCUAGAAAUUUGUCAGAACUGUUUAUACAGAGCAACAGAAUUUCAGGUGCUCUACCCCCUGGAAUCUCUGGAGCAAUCAGUCUAGUGAAGAUUGAUCUCAGUAAUAAUCUUCUUUCUAGUCCAAUUCCUUCUGAAAUUGGCAAUUUAAAGAAGCUAAAUUUACUGAUGUUGCAAGGCAACAAGCUCAACUCUUCCAUUCCGGAUUCGCUUUCUUCACUAAAAUCUCUCAAUGUUCUUGAUCUCUCCAACAACCUCUUGACAGGAAAUAUCCCAGACAGUCUCAGUGAGUUGUUACCAAACUCUAUCAACUUCUCAAACAAUAAGCUUUCUGGUCCAAUUCCUCUUUCAUUGAUUAAAGGAGGGUUGGUGGAAAGCUUUUCUGGGAACCCAGGUCUCUGUGUUUCAGUCUAUGCUAAUUCAUCAGAUCAAAAUAAGUUCCCCACAUGUCCACAAUCUUUCACCAAAAAGAAACUAAAUUCUUUCUGGGUAGUUACAGUUUCAAUAGUCAUCAUCCUCAUUGGAGCUCUGCUGUUUCUAAAGCGCCGGUUUGGAAAAGAAAGAGCAGAGGUGGAACAUGAUGAAACCUUGUCCUCAUCAUUCUUCUCAUAUGAUGUAAAGAGCUUUCAUCGAAUCAGCUUCGACCACCGUGAGGUCAUUGAAGCCAUGGUUGAUAAGAACAUAGUAGGCCAUGGAGGAUCUGGGACAGUAUACAAGAUUGAGUUGAGCAGUGGUGAUGUGAUUGCAGUGAAGAGGCUGUGGAGUAGGAAAGCAAAAGAUUCUGCAGAAGAUCAGUUGUUCAUAAACAAGGAGUUGAAAACUGAGGUCGAGACUCUGGGAAGUAUAAGGCACAAAAACAUUGUCAAACUGUACUGCUACUUCUCAAGUUUGGACUGCAACCUUUUGGUUUAUGAGUACAUGCCAAACGGUAACCUUUGGGAUGCCCUUCACAAAGGUUGGAUCCAUUUGGAUUGGCCUACCCGCCACCAGAUUGCGCUCGGGAUUGCGCAGGGUUUGGCAUACCUCCACCAUGAUCUGAUGCCUCCAAUUAUUCACAGAGAUAUUAAGUCUACAAAUAUCCUGCUUGAUGUCAAUUACCAACCCAAGGUUGCAGAUUUUGGCAUAGCCAAGGUUUUACAAGCAAGAGGAGGGAAAGAUUCCACAACCACUGUUAUUGCUGGGACAUAUGGUUACUUAGCUCCAGAAUAUGCAUAUUCAUCCAAAGCAACAACCAAGUGCGAUGUCUACAGUUUUGGGGUAGUCUUAAUGGAACUGAUAACUGGGAAGAAGCCAGUGGAGGCAGAGUUUGGAGAGAACAAGAACAUCAUAUACUGGGUUUCAAACAAAGUGGACACUAAAGAAGGAGCCAUGGAGGUUCUAGACAAGCGAUUAUCAGAGUCAUUCAAGGAGGAGAUGAUCCAAGUUCUUCGCAUUGCCGUUCGAUGUACCUACAAGGCUCCUUCUCUGCGCCCAACCAUGAAGGAGGUGGUUCAGUUGUUGAUUGAAGCAGACCCUUGCAGAUUUGAUUCAUGCAAGUCAUCAAAGACUAAAGAAUCAUCAAAUCUGACAAAAAUCAAAAGCCCAUAUGAUUUAUGAUCUGCAUGAAGAGUUUGCUUGGGUCCCAAGUCCCAGGUUAAGUAAUAUAUUAUAGUAUAUGAUCAGAUAACUAUGGUCCCUCUCAAACUUAUCAGGGGACUGGUCAUAAAGAUAACUAAUUACUGUCUUAGUUUUCAUGAGGGUGGCUUGUAGAUUCUUUAUCUCACUCUCUUUAUCUUCUUUCUUUUUCCCUUAUUUUGUAUUUUGUAUUUUUGCUCUUGUAAGGAUUUGAGGAAUUUAGUCACUAUAACUGCUUUACAGUAAAGCUCAGCAUCCAUAUCUCAGACCAACAAAUGAAAUCAUUCCCUAGCUUUUGUA